AUGUCAGUCAGCUGCGGACAUGAUUAUUCCUUGUGGUCACCGGCGUCCUCGUCCUCGUCUUCGUCGAGCUCGCCCAUCCACCCCGCAUCCCUGGUUGAUACACAACUGCACUCUUCUGCCUUGUUGCAGCUUAUUGACGCACCUGUUUCACAUGCUUUCCUCGACUACAUCGCAGAAUACGUCGCCGAGGUCGUUGACUUCGCUCUAGGCUGCGAUGACCCCAAACACGCCGAGCCCACGCGGGGCCGAUCAGGCCGCUGCACCACGCGCCUCGCUGACUUCAUAGCCCUCACGAUCAAGCGCGCCGAAGCGAGGGCAUCCACUCUUCUGGUUGCGCUGGUGUACAUCGCACGCUCCCGCACGCACCUCGCGAUCUCCUACCGGCACGGAGCAGCCGAGCGCCUGUUCCUCGGUGCGUUGAUGACCGCGAGCAAGUACACCCAGGACAAUACGCUGCAGAACGUGCACUGGGCGCUCAUCAGCGGCGUCUUCGGCACAGCUGACGUGGGGUUAAUCGAGCGCGAGUUUCUGGCGGUGCUGGACUGGGAGCUCGGUGUCAGCGAGGAGGAGGUGGUCGUACAUUGGGAGGGGAUCAUCGGUGGCGGCGGCGUAGCUAUUCCCGAUAUAAACGAGGAGAAGGAUCACUCUCUACCGAGCGCCGAGCCGGAGCCGUCGAGCCCAGUUAGCAAUUUCGCCGCCGGCUCGAAACUGCCCACACCCGCGCAUCCCACUUCUCGCCCUGCUCCGGCUAUCGAUCACAAGCAUAUCGUCACCUGUGUGCUCUCCUGGCCGUUUGUGUGA